AUGGGUCUAUUUAACUGGAAGAACCACAUGCCCGUUGAGGGCAAGACCAUCCUCCUGACUGGCGCGUCAGAGGGAAUGGGCCGCAGCGUCGCCCUCCAACUCGCCGCAAAGGGCGCGAACCUCGCCCUCGUCGCUCGCAACGCCGCCCGUCUCGAAGAGCUCGUCACCGAGUGCAAAGCCGCCGCCAAGAACCCCUCCACCCAGCGCUUCACCUUCUUCACCGCCGACAUUACCCUCGAGAACUACGCCGCGCCCCUGCUCGCCGACGUCAAGGCCUGGAACGACGGCCGCAGCCCUGAUAUUGUUUGGUGCAUCGCCGGCAUGGCCAGCACGGGCUUCUGGAUCGAGACCCCCUUCGCGCAGACCCGCCGCAACAUGGAUGUCAACUUUUACGGCACGGCGGAGAUGGCGCAUGCUAUUCUAAGGGAGUGGCUGGCGGUCGAUGCGCCGGUCGAGAAGGAGCCGAAGCAUCUGAUCAUGACUACGAGUGUGGUGGCCUUCUUCACCGUUGCGGGAUACGGGCCGUAUGCUCCGUCCAAGUGGGCCAUUCGUGGCCUGGCCGACACGCUUUCGCAGGAGCUGCUGCUGUACCCGCAGAACGUCAAGAUUCACGUCGUGUUCCCUGGAACCAUCACCAGCCCUGGUCUGGAGAAGGAGAACUUGACCAAGCCCCAGAUCACGCACCAAUUGGAGGAGCUUGACCCCGUACAGUCGCCUGAAGAGGUGGCUAGGUUGUCUAUCAAGGGUUUGGAGAGAGGAGACUACUUCGUCACGGUGGCCUUCUUGGGCAGCCUCAUGAAGUGGAGUGGUCUUGGAGGCUCUAUCCGUAACAACUGGGUGGUCGACACCUUCAUGAUUUGGAUUACCUCGUGGGUCUGGGUGUUCAUGCUGCCUGAUAUCAUGAGGCAAUGCAGGAACUAUGGCAAGAAGCACGGCCAUCCUGCCACCUACCCCAAGCCCAAGGCGGCUUGA